GGAAAGAAAAAAUCGGGAUUCGGGGAUGAAAAGGGGGAGGAAAGGAGGAGAACAAGGAGGAGGGAAGAGAAGGAGGAUACAAAAAGCCUUCGUCGCCCCGGAGAGUGUCACACGGAUCACAGAAGUCCGAGCAUAUGCUCCAUCCUGACGCGCCUCUACUUCGGAGCAUUUAACGAUCUGCUUUGGACCUCCACCGUUCGCAACCUUUGCUUCAGAGAAAAAAACAAAGCUAGAGAACAUCUUCAAGGGCUCCUCAGCUGAUUGAUGAACUUCUGAGUACUGCAUGGAAAUAAAGGAUUUGGAGAAAGGAAAAUGACAUAUUGCACAGUUCAUCAAAUCCACCUUGUGUUCUUAUUGGCUGCUGCCACAGUCGCCACCGUGAGUUCUUCCCACAGCCUGGCCAGUGAGAGAAGUUCAAUAGAGAGCACGUACGAGCUCACCAAAUUUCUGGAAUAUCAGCUCAAGGAAAUCAAAGAUGUCUACUUGACAUACCUCGGCCCCCCGUUCAAUGAUAAAGACUUUUCGCCGCCGAGGCCCAAUAGCACGGCUCUUUCCUUGCCCAGCGCCGCCACCCGCCUGGAGUUGUGGCAAGGCCUGGAGAACCAAGCCCGUCUGGCUCAGAACCAGAGGGCCUACUCAGUCCUGUUGGCGGCUGUGAGGGAGCUGGCCCGCUCCACCCUCUGCCCCUCCCUCAAGACUUCCCUGCUGCACUUCUGCACAGGCCUGGACGGCCUGUUGGGCUCCAUAUCGGCGCUGAUGAACACUCUGGGCUAUGCCCUUCCCGAAAAGAAGUUUGGUGAGCUUCAGAGGAGGACAGGGGGAGACCGCCCGGCACCUCUGAUCAGCAGCAGCUCAUACAGGUCCAGAACCAGGAUGAGGACAGGGAGACGGGGCCGAGGGGAGAGAGAGGGCGGCCUCAGUGUGGAUGUGAAGCGGGGGAAAGCGAGGAGGCGGCAGGAGGCGGCCGACGGAGGAAGGAGCGAUGAAUCGAGGCAGAAGGCAAGAGGAGAGAAGAGGAGAGGGAGGAGGGAAGAACCGACCGUCUGGAAGUGGGACUGGGAAGAAGAGCAUCCAGCGGUAGACACAAGAAGAUGGGGGAGGAGCUUGUUGAGCGUUGGCGAGGAGGCAGCGAGGGAGUCCGGUUCCGCCGUCGUCAAGCCGGCCGGCGAGGGAUACAGCUACAACCUGGACUUCCUUCACACGGACACGCUCAGGAAGGAGGACGGCGCCAUUGUGGAUGGAGAGAAGACCUUCAUCGUGGACUUCUCCUCAUCGCAUCAUCAACGCCGUCCUCGCUCCCUCCUCCCUCCCACGCUGCAUCCCCCUCCAUCCACCUUCUCCCUUCUCUACCAGCUGGGGCCAGGCGAGGAGCACGGGCUCGUCCCCACGCCCUCAACGCUGUCUUUACACGGAGGCCCCUCGCUCCUCUCUGCCUCCUCGUCAUCGUCGGCUGUGCUCCUCUCUGUGCGGCCGUCCAUGAGCGACUUUGCCAGGAAGGUGGAAGGCUUUUGGAUACUGCGCGAGCUGCAGAGCUGGUUGUGGCGUUCAGCGAAGGACUUUAACCGCCUUAAGAGGAGACUGAGAGGCUGAGAAGAUGCAGCAAGACACAUCCAACUCACACAAUGUGCAGUGUUAACCUUGACAGUAUUUGCACUAGGGGCUGGGCAUUGACCCCAUUUUCGACUAUCGGUGAAAUUAGCAAUCAAUGACUAGAUUCUUUAUUUUAUUUUGUUAAUUUUGUUUUAUUGUUCUUAUUAAUGUGGGCUGCGCAAUGCUCAAGUUGUUAGCACAUUCGCCUCGGUUCUGAGAUUGAGCGGCUCCGGUCUGCCUUUGCCUCUUCUCACAUUCCAAUAUGUUUAUUGAAGACUCCUAUUUAGGUAUGAAUGGCUGUCUUGUCCCUGUGCCUUGCAAUUGACUGGCAAAAAGUCCAGGGUGUGCCACACACACACACACACGCACACACGGACUCACGCAUGUACGCACACACACACACAUACACUUAAGAGUCAGCUGAGUGACAGUGCAGCCAUUGAGCAAAAACAGAUUCAGUGACACAACUGGUGUGAAUCAGCAAACAUUCAUCAGAAAUGUUAUGAAUGGAGAGUAGACAAAAGGAGUUUGGCGGAAGAGGAGGAGGAGGAGGAGGAGGAAACCGCCGGAGGGGUGAACAAGUCGCAGACGAAGGGGCACGAGAGGAGAGCAAAAUGAGAUGAGUCAGUGGACAAGCGCUGGAAAGAAUAGCCAGAGGAGAAUGUAAUGCUGAGUAAGCACAAGUCAGCUGGUCAGUUACAGUAACUGUACAAGAGCGCUUUACACUUCAGUCAGACAGUGGUGGUUGCACACAUGCACACACACAUAGCAAAACCUCUAAGGUCAAGCACAAUCCAUCAUAGAAUGGUAUUUUCGCAGACAAAAUAUCGGAAACUGCCACCUUUAUCGAAACUGUACUACCAUGUUCCUUAAUGUUCCAAAUAUGUCGGCUUCCUACAAAUUCCACUGUGUUUGUGCAAAAUGCAACAAAAAUAUUCAGAAAACAGGUUCUACCAAGGACCGAACACAGUGAAAAACAUACCACCAAGUUAUUUCUUGGAUCAUUUUACACUUAUCAAAUGAGAAGUUUUUAUUGGCUGUAACAUUUAGGGCUUAGCAAACACAAGUGAUCCAGAAAACUGAAACACUAAAACAUGAUGCAGCCUGAUGGAGGUUAUACCGAAUAUGUGAGCAGGAGAAACUCGAUGCUCCACCAUAAAUCUUUACCGCAGGUAUCUUUGAUGCGGUUCUUGAUAACCUCUUCUCAGCCAUAAAUCCUCUCUGACUGCAUCUGCACAAGAGAGUGUUGUGCAUGUGUGUUGCUUUGGACCUCCUCAGUGCUUGCAUAGAGGACAGUUUACAAGAGGAGCAGGAUGCACUCUCAUCUACUGGAAAUAAAAAGGACAGAAGUUGGGUUUUGGAGACAGAAGGCAGAAGGCAUGGCUUGAUCCAAAACGGACAUCCAUAGACUUUGCCCUCAGGAGCUGGCAUGGAAACACUCUCUUAUGUGUAUGUUUGCAACUCACAUGUGAAAGGGAUUAUUUAUGGCUUUUUAAAAAGUGUCUUCACGUUUUCCCCUCUCCAAAGAAUUUAUGAAUUUUACAAUGGGCCUUUAAGAUGUGGUUAAAGGUUGAGAUAAAAGUCUUGGGCCAUCGCUAGAUUUACUAAUGCUAUCAUAAUCAGAACAAUUAUUUUUCAGUCUUAUUAUUAGGUUGCAAUCAGAAAUGACUGAAAAAAAAGUAAAGUGUACGCCAUUGCUAAUAAUGUAAUGGACAAUGAGGACUUUUCUUUCAUGAAAUAAGCAUGAAUAAGAAAAUUCAUUUAAAAAAAGCAAUGCAAAUGCAAAUGACUAUAAACUUAAUUGGGUUGACUCUAAGUUGCAUUUCCCACUAUUGUGUUGUAUGUCAAAAUCACUGCUGCAUAUUAUAACACUAGUGGUGGCCUAAGACAUUUUAACAGUACAUUAUUGUAUUUAUUAAAAAAA